AUUUAUCUAAUUUUCAAGAUUGGAUAGUUUUGUAACAUAUUUUCGCCCUAUUGCAAUAGACCAAUUUUAUACCUUUUUAUUUUUGUCUAUCGAUUAAAUUAUUAAUAAUUGGAAUUCUCCAACACAUUAAAUUAUUUUUAUCAAUUUUUAACUUAAUUGCCCAUUUCUGUCACUACCAAACAACCGUAUAAAGCGCUGAAGGGUAAAAUGAAAUAGAUUUGUUAUAAUGAGUGAUUCACUAAAAAUUAAAAGGGAGCCAGUUGAUAGUAUUUCAUCUGCCGACUUGUCGAACAAUACUCCGAGUGAAAGAAGGGUGACUUUGGAACAAGUGGUAAGAUGCGCCGACGAUAAACGGAAAUAUGAACUUUUGACCCUAUUUUCCGUUGAAUUGUUGAAGUUGGAAUCCGUCGAGAUCGACGAAUUUUUUUCUGCCCUAACUCUCCUAAAGUUGCUGAUUCCCCCUCAAAACUUACUCAACACCAAUAACAACGUUUUGGAAAAAACAUCAGAAAUUCUGCUUCAAUAUGUUAAGAUAUUGAGAUUGAAUAGCGAGUUCGAUGAAGUUUGGGGUGGAAUUAAGGACUGUAACAAGUUGUUCCAGAUGUACAAAUUGAUACACGAAGAAGGUUGUAACUAUCUCCUACCCAACGUAAAGGCUGGAGAGUUUUUCAAUAAAUUUCUCUGUCAACUGAUUUCCUCCAGUUCGUCAGUUUCAUUUUUCUACUCUGUUGUUAUGUUGUACAGGGGUAAAAUUGAGGAGAUAUUCUCAAAGUAUAAGGGAAAUAACGUUAGCACUGAGGAUGUAAGAGUGAUAAUAUCAAUAAUGAAGACCCUGUUAACCGUUACAAAAGCAUUUGGAUCACCGCCAGCACCCAGAGAAUUAUUAUGCUCAGUUUCAAUAAGUGUGCUUAAGAAUACCAAGGCACAUUUAUGCACUUUGUACAGCUAUAACUUACUGGCAUUCCUGAUCAAAGAUGUUACUGACAAAUCGCUUCUCGAUAAACUAUUCAAUGGACUCAGUUCCCUUCAAAUUGAUCAAGUUACUUCACUCGUUAAAGAAUGUAAUUCCCUAGCGAAUACCUCUACAUGGAAAUUCAAACAUACCUUCAAUACCACCACUGAAAAUACUGUUAAUAAUAAUAGUACUAAUAAUAACAUUGCAACUGUUACUAAUGCUAAUACCACCUUUAGGAAAAAUAAUAAUUCUAUGAAUAAUGCUAGCAAUGAACAUAUGGUGGAAUCCGUGAAAAGAAAACUUAAUGCUGUUGAUAAUAAUAUGGAUAGUAAUAAGAGGAAAAAGAAGGAUGUCCCGGAGUUACCAGUGAAUUGGUACAAAGAGCUGAUGAGCAAGUUUGAAACGAAUAGAGGGGAGGGAAAGAGCAUGGUGGUGGACAAAAAUGCAUGGAAGUGGAAGAAUGACGCACUGACAAACACCUUGAAAAUGGUCGAAGGUGUGGAGAGCGUAGAUUUACAGCCAGUUGAGGCCCAGUUCAUAUCUUUGUUUGAAGGUUUGUUCAAGUAUGAAUCUGCAAUUCCAGUGGUGAUUAACUCGUUAAACCUGUAUAGAGUGUUGCUGGUUAAGGGAAACUGUGAUUUUUUGAGCGGUGGAAAGUCACAAUUGCUGGCAGAGUUACUCUUUGAAAAGCUCAAGGAAAGUAAUCGGAAGGUUAGGGACGCCUGUGUAAUGGCUUUAGUAGAGUCGGUUAAAAGGUGUAGACUUGCAGUACUGUCAGACUCUAUUAAAAAGUCAACACUAAAUAUCUCUCCAACCUGUAGAGAAAACUUAUAUAACUUUCUCAAUUGUAAAUUGGUGUCCUAUCUAGACCAUGAGUUUGUUCAGAAACUGCAACAGCUGUUAAAUAGUGUAUCAGAAUACCUUAAAGGGUUAGAGAAUGAUAAAGUACCAAAAGUUAGAAUGGCAUAUAACGCACUAGUUGCCGUUUUGGAUGAUUUUAACCUCAUCUACAACAAUAUUUCCACCAUCUCCACUAGUAGUACCGUUGUUACUGAAGCUAGUAAACCAGUUCAAGAAGACAAUGGUAAACCGGCACAAGAACAGGUUAGUAAAUUGCCUAAAGAAGUUCCCAAAUUAGUUAGAGACGUUUCUAGUAAACCUACACAACAAGUUCAUAGUGAAUCAACGCAACAAGAUGUUACUAAGCCUAGAGAAGAGGAGGCUGAAAAGAGUAAUUUGGAUUGUACAACAACGGCAGAUUCAUCUGCCACGUCAGAAGAGUUUACCAGUGCUGGGGUUCCUGAAGGUGUUCCGGAAGUUGAGGUUUUGGAUAGUGUUUUAAUGGGCUUGUUGGAUAAUUUGACACAUAUAGUUGACACCAAUAUUCUUGCAACUUUUAAGAAAUAUGGUAGCGAAGGAAGUAAUAGAGUGCUGGAAGAUGGAUUGAGACAAUUGAGUGUGUGGCUGAGAGGAAAUGAAAAAUUGUUAAAAUCAGUUGAUUACUACGUUGUCAAGCUGAUUAGUUAUUUGUAUAGCAAGUUCACAAAUGUUGAACUUUUGCAGGAGUUUUUUAACCAACUAUUGAAUUAUCAGUUGACUGAUGAGGCGUUUAAUGAGCUGGUUGAAGUAAUUAAAGUUAACAACGCUUUAAAGUUACUAAAUACACUACUGUCGAAGGAUAACGCUAAUACAAACAAGCUGUUAAAUCCACUAAACGCAUAUUAUUAUAAAGAUUCCACUUGUUUAACACAUUUUAUUUCCAUUCUACACCAAUACUUUUCACAGAGCUAUGUCAAGUUACCCUCAAGUGUAAUGGUGAAGGUGGUUAACUUUGUAGUAUAUAAUGUUAAGUCGAAAUUAUAUAUAGUGGGUAGGAUGUCACUGGAAUUGUUGAGUGCAAUGAAUGAGAGGAGUGAAGUGGUUUGUUAUUUGGACAAACACCUGAGAAACACACUGUUGUAUUUGAAGCCGUCAGAUACCGUCAAAAACGCAUGUAAGGAAAGUCAAACAAGAGUUGAAAAAUACGUCUCCAAAGACCUGUUCAACUGCAUGUUCAAAGAUAAAUCCAACAUUAAAAGGUCAUGUGAAUAUUGGAAGCGCUUUUUAUCGAAAAGAGAUGAAAAAUCUGAUAACAUGUUGUUGGGGAAAGCAAGAAAAGAUUUAACAUCUUGGCUCUCUUACACAAUGUAUGAAAUGAAGUGCGAGAAGGUGGUUUUGGAGAUAUUUGAUAUAAUGGCGGAUUACAUGUCAUUGAAGUGUGAGUUUGACGAGGAGGAGAGUUUGUUGCUGCUGAGUGCAUUUGUAAGUUACAGCUUCUUUGGCAAGUAUCAAUUAAAGGCAUUGUCCGUGUUCAGCAAGCUGGUUAAGCUGUUUAGGAAUUCAUUUGAGUCCUUGGAAUUUUUAUUUGGAGCUGUAGAUAACUGCAGUGAAAAGUGGCAGCAGCUGAUGAGCGAAGCCUUGGUUAGAUUAGUGCGUAACGCCACACCCACAGAAUCGCUAGUACAAUUUCUUAAACGGAAAUUAGAUUCCUGUUUCACUCUGGAGAGUACACAUAAAAGACUCAUUUAUCAGUGGAUUAAUAAUUUCACAAGCCCAAUUCUUAAUACUAAUAACCUGGUUGUUUGUGGUAACACUGUUGAUACAGUUGAUAGGGUUAGUAGUGUUAGCACACUGGACAGAGUUCCGAGCGUUAGUAAUGUUAAUACACUUAACCCAGCUGUUAAUGUUAAUAGACUGGAGAGUACCAGUACACUUGAUAGUCUUGGUAGUGUUGAUACUGUUGAUACAGUUAAUAGGGUCGAGAGUGCUAAUACAGUUAAUAGAGUUGAUUAUAUGAAUACUGUUAGUGGUUUAGAGAAUGUCAAUACGGUUCCCGUAGUGGAUAAUUCAGAAUUAAAUAGAAUGGAAACAGUUUGUGAGGAUUAUGAGCAGGCCAUUGAACCACUAAGCACAACAGGCUCAGCCUCAGAUGCUCAAUUCCCAAUACAAUAUACUUCUAACUUUGUAACCGUCUCAAUACAAACCGAUGAUUCCCCCAUUAACACUAGUAAUACUGUUGACAGAGUUGAUAGAGUUGAUAGAGUUGAUAGAGUUGAUAGAGUUGAUAGAGUUGAUAGAGUUGAUAGAGAUGACACUAGUAAUUCCAAUAGUACUGUAGAAAAUGUUGAUCCAGUAGUUACAGUUAAGAAUGUUGGUAAAGUUGAUGUGGUUAAGGAAAUGGAUAUGGAAAGUGCUUUCGAAAAAUCCUUUGAAAAAACAUUUGAACAAACUUUUGAAAAAAUCGAUUGUGGGAAUUUCGACAAAAACAUCAGUGCACUACGUCAUUCUGUAAAAAACAAAUCUGUAGUAUUAGAUAAUCCUGAUACUACUACUGACAGAGUUGAUAACAGCAAGGAUACUACAGUUGACAAGGAUGAGGGUUCUGUUGUCACGAGUUUACAGUUACCCAACAAUACUCCAGAGGCUACUACCACUCAUGAUACUGUGGUUAAAGAUACGUCUGUUAGUGUUAUGGGUAAAGAACCCCCUAUUAAUAUGGUGGAUAAACGUGUUGAUUCAGUGGAAAAGGAGAAAAUGAAUGACCAAGUGAUACUUGACGAGGAUGUCACAAAUGACGUUGAGUCUUGCAAGUCACUCGCUAAGCAAAUAAUCUCCUCAAAUUCUCCACCCUCAAAUACUCGAAAAUCCAACACCGUUACACUAGAUAGCGUUUCCUUCGAUAGUGUUUCAUUCGAUACGUCUAACGUUCACAUAGUUAAUGAGAAUGUCGGUGUUGAAAAUUCUGCUCUUAAUAGUGCUAGUCUGGUCAAUGUUGAUGUUGAGGAUGGGGAGUUUUAUGAAGAAAACGGUGAAGUGACUACAAUUAGUUGUACAAGCAGAUAUAACCAGUGUAAUUCCCCAAUAAACAUUAUUAACACUGUUAACACUAGUGAUACUGCUACCAACACCACAAACUCGGUUGAUCCGGUUAACACUGGUAACAGGGUAGAUAAUAUGGUAGAGAAUUUGGAAGAGGAGGGAUCAGACGAGAGUUAUCCUAGUGUGGUGGUGGAGUAUGAUAGCGAUUCAGAACUGGCGUGUGGAGAUGACUUUAGCCUAAGUUUAGUAGAAUCGGUCCUGUCGCACUGCUCAAAGGUGAAUAAGAUUUGUCUAGUCUCAAGUUAUAAGGAGUACAAGAGCCUGUCAAGCACCCUGUGUCAGGAGGACGUUGCAAAGGUGUGCCUUGACAGCUGUUCGGAGAUUUUAAAGUAUAAAAAUGUCCUAAAGUACCUGGCAGUACCACUGGUAGAAAUGACCCACAACGCCAUACUACUCAUGACGAAACGCAUCAUCGAUUCCACUCUAGCACGUGAUAACACCCAUGAUACCUUUGUAGAACCACUAAUACUCACCAUUGAGGUGUUUAAGAGUAUAACGAUGGAGUUGAAUGAGAAUUUUAUACUGCAGUUUUGUAAUGUAGUGACAAACUUGCUAUCGCUUCCAAAACAACUUUUUCAAAACGAAAGAUUAUAUUGUAUAACAAGUUCACUAGUGUCGGAAAACGGAUUAAAACAAUCGAAUCACAUCAUAAGUAAGAUGCUGAUGGUGAUGGUGGAGUUGAGCAUGGAAUCGCUGAAAGGAGAAGUGGAUAGACUUUUAAUGGCCAAAUUGAGAUUCACGAAAAUACUGCAAAUGCAACUACUCAUCAACUCAUCGCAAAACAACUCGACAAGCAUAGUUAACACUUCUAAUAACAGUAACAAUGUUGGAAACACCAGUAAUAUUGGUAGUAACAGAGUAAAUAGUGGAAGAAUGGAGGAUAAGGAGGAAAGCGGAGGGAUGAACGAGUUGAAAAGCGUCCAUGUGGACUUUAUUGAAAGGUUGGAGAAAUUCGCUAAUAAAAGCAGCGCACACAGCGUGGAAAAGGUAAUACAAACCUCAAACUACAUUAUCAGCACAAUCUGAUUUUAAACUUUAAUCUUUUUUUUUACACCAUAA